GAUGUGUUUGAAGUCAAGUAAAACAUUCCCAAGCUAAUGUGUCUGAGUGUACCAUAUCAGGCACAGACAGGUACUAGAAAUGAUAAAACACAGAUAACUUAAUGUAAGAUGAUUUGCAGAUGGGAUGUAUUAUCUGCUGUCAUGAGGUUAGAUGGGUCACGUUACUAUAUAUACUUUUAAAAAUAAAUCUAGGCCAUUUCAGAUUGACCAAGUUAUGUGGAUAUAUGAGGUUUAAUGAGGGCAGGUAUUACUAUAGAAACUUGCUAUAUUGAACAAAAUAAGCACUCACUGCCUUUUCAGAAGAAGAAAUGGACUGCCUCUGGGUUUGGAGUGAAACUUGCUUAAGAAUUUCUUUCUUUCUUUCUUUCUUUCUUUCUUUCUUUCUUUCUUUCUUUCUUUCUUUCUUUCUUUCUUUCUUUCUUUCUUUCUUUCUUUUUUUGAACAGGGAGAUGUAAGAUGCUAGAUAAAAGCUGCAUAUCAUGUCCUCAACCUGAUUCUGCAUUUCCUUGUGAUUAUGUCCCAAAUGUGAAAAUAGUCUAGUUAAAAACAAAACAAAACAGUGCUUGGGAGUAUAUGAAAACAAUUUUUACUAGACACAUGCCCUUUUUAAAUGGAUGAUAUGGUCUUGUUGCUUAAUUUCUUCAAUUGUUAGCUGAGCACUAAUUGUUUGGUGAGAAGUAUCAGAGAUUCUCACCGUCCUCUCAUUAUAUAUUCAUUAUUCAUUCUUAGGAAGGAUGUUUUUAUUUUCCUUGUUCUGUGGAAGAGGGUAAAGCUUUCAGCUAAUUAUUUUGUUUAGACAUUUAGUUAAACUGGAAAUAGUUCAAAAUUUGCAUUAUGGUAUGGAUGGAGCUUUUCAAGUAUUUAGUAUCUGAUUGUCAUAGUUUGGAUAUAAAUAUCAAUUGGAGACUGUGGAUAGACUGAGAAAUGGAAUAUCAUUUAAUUCUCCUCCAGGCUCUCACCUCCAAAACAGGGUGCUGAUAUUUUUCUUCAAAUCUGUGAUAGUCUAAAAAAAGGGAACAUGAAACCCUAAAAUCUCAGAGAAGCAGUAUUGAUUCAAUUCUUAACUGCAAAUCCUUCAUAUCAUUGCUCAAAAUAUCUAACUUUGCACCAAUAUUAGCCAUUCUUUUUAUAGUGACACCACGCUUAGUAAAAACUUCUAAGCACUGAGGUCAGGUGUUGAGAUUGGAUUCUACUUUAUUUUUUAUGAAUCAGAUAAAGAUUUCUGUGCAUGAGACCAUAUGUGAAGAUGAGAGAACAAGAACAUUUCCAUAUCAAAGGCAAUAUAUCUGAGGCUGCAUGGUAAUUAAGAUGCAGUGGUUUGGGCUCUGCACUGGCACUUAGAGCAUCGCCGGGCCUUGUGCAGCAUGCAGGCGGGUGCCUCUGCAUACUUCUUGAAAUACACUUAUGAUUUUGUACAAACAUUUAUGCCAGUCCACACUUUUCUGUGGAUAAUUUGUAUUUCAUCCAAACCAUUCAAAGUCGAAGUUAUUUUUCGAGCUACCCCCUCAUUAUGGCUUUUGUGCAUCAACUAUUUUUACUCUAGUUGUUUGUAUUUCUUUUUACCAGAAUGAUGGCUUGUUUAUAUUCAGAAUCUCUUCUUGCUCCUCUAAGACCCCUAAUAUAUCACUCAUUUUACCAUUCACUCAAAAAACUUUCAUCUUUAGGAAGGAUGUGAGUUAUUUUCUGAGGUUAAUUGGAGAUGCUGCAAUCCACUAUAAACUAAUAAGCCACAUUAAAAGUCAACUGCCUAGUUAUUUGUGCUUUACAAUGCUAAUAUAUUUAGUACUUCUCAGUAACUUGCAUAGUAUAUAAUGUUGGGGAAAUUUCUUUUCAAAAUGUUUAGAGAAGUAUUCAGAAAUCUUCUGUUUCACUUUUUUGUAGCAUAAAAAUGUGAGGUGAUAUUCUCCUUCAUACUCCAAGUGAAAAGCAAUACUUUGAAACUGUAGAAAUCUUACUAUUUAUCUAAAGAGUUAUUUCUUUGCAUUUACAGGGAGAUGUUUGAUCUUAUUUAUAAGGAACUGAAUUAAUGUCUUAACCUUUUGGGGACAGGACUGUGAUACAGUGAAACCUGUCAUGAAUGGAACGGUGAAGUAGGAGGAUCUAACAAUUGGUACUCUACUGCUGUGUCUAUUUUAGGCGUUUUGCAUCUCUGGGGAGCAGCUUGAAUGUGCGCUGUGAUUUUUCUGGAUUUGUAUUUCUGUGUGUUCUCUCUCUGACCAUGCCGCUGUGGCUCUUGUGGCAAUGCCUCACUUGGCGGAUUUCAUCAGAAAGCUCAGGGUCAAUGCAGCCUCUUAAUGCUUUCUCUGUACAGACGUAUUGCUGGGUGUGGAGGCCUGAUAUGAUAUGAAUCCUGUAAGAAUUCCCCAUGUUUUCAUUGUUUUGGAUCAAAUUACUUACAUAUAUUGAUUUGAUGCUUUUCAGAGAUGUCACAUGUAAAUCGGCACAAUAAGAAUAAGAUAAAUGCAUCGUCUGUUGUGCAUAUUAUGAUAUGCAGACUUUUCAUGUUAUCUCAUGUUCUCUUAAUUGUUUUUCUCCAAAAAUAUUACAAGAUAACCCCUUACAUGAUAUUUCAUUCCUAUCCCCUUUGUCAGCUCAUUGUUUCUAGUCAGAGUAAAGAGAUAUAUUGAAUUGUCUGUCUUUAAUAUAUUCAUCCGAAUGCAAAAAGGGACUUCAGUGCUGUUUUUGAUUUCACCUUCUAAAUAUAGUCUCUGCUUCUUUGAAGAAAGUAGUUCUUUAAAAUUGGACAAAAAAAUUGAAAAUGCUUCACUUGCCAAGUCUAAAGAAGCUCAAUGUGUGUAAGAAGAAAUGCAACUUUUUUUUUUUUUUUUAAUUUAAAUGAAGAGCAUAGGUUUAAAAAGAAACCCAUUCUGGCAUGUGGCUGUGAAGACUUCCUUUCGUACUGCAGAUAUACCACUGGGAAAUGUGAUUGGGUACUCAGUUCUCAGCACCCAAAGAACAGCUUUGAAGGCAGAAGCCUUCCUUUUCAAAUAUCUUUUCCUUCUGCUGAGGACAUUGAUAUUCGUUCCAGGAAGCUUAAGCUUUCCAUUCCAGCUCUACCCACUGUUUACUACCAAAUGUAGCAUUUGGACAGUUGCACAACUUGCUUUUUCCCCUCUUCUGUAAAAUAGAAAUAUCCAUGUAUAUAUUUUUCUUUCCUAGAAAGAACUCACCUGGAUUCUAGAAGACUUGGGAGAGUCCCAAGUCACUUUCAUGAAUUCAAAGGCGAUUUACCAGUGACUUCUGGGUGCUGGGGUGAUCCUCGUGUGUAAUUAAGAAUGUCUUCCAAGCAAGCCACCUCUCCAUUUGCCUGUACAGCCGAUGGAGAGGAAACAAUGACCCAGGAUUUGACCUCAAGGGAAAAGGAAGAGGGCAGUGAUCAACAUGCGGCCUCCCAUCUGCCUCUGCACCCCAUAAUGCACAACAAACCUCACUCCGAGGAGCUACCAACGCUUGUCAAUACCAUUCAACAAGAUGCUGACUGGGACAGCGUUCUGUCAUCUCAGCAAAGAAUGGAGUCAGAGAAUAAUAAGUUAUGUUCCCUAUAUUCCUUCCGAAAUACGUCUACCUCACCACAUAAGCCUGACGAAGGGAGUCGGGAGCGCGAGAUAAUGAACAGUGUUACUUUUGGAACCCCGGAACGCCGCAAAGGGAGCCUUGCGGAUGUGGUGGAUACGCUGAAGCAGAAGAAGCUAGAGGAGAUGACUCGGUCCGAACAAGAGGAUUCCUCCUGCAUGGAAAAACUACUUUCAAAAGAUUGGAAGGAAAAAAUGGAAAGACUAAAUACCAGUGAACUUCUUGGAGAAAUCAAAGGUACACCCGAGAGCCUAGCGGAGAAGGAACGACAACUCUCCACCAUGAUUACCCAGCUCAUCAGCUUGCGGGAGCAGCUCCUGGCAGCGCACGAUGAACAGAAAAAGCUGGCAGCCUCACAGAUCGAGAAACAGCGGCAGCAAAUGGACCUUGCUCGCCAACAACAAGAACAGAUCGCAAGACAACAGCAGCAACUUCUUCAGCAGCAGCACAAGAUUAAUCUCCUGCAGCAACAGAUCCAGCAGGUUCAGGGGCACAUGCCUCCGCUCAUGAUCCCAAUUUUUCCACAUGACCAGCGGACCCUGGCAGCAGCUGCUGCCGCCCAACAGGGAUUCCUCUUCCCCCCUGGAAUAACAUACAAGCCAGGUGAUAACUACCCCGUACAGUUCAUUCCGUCAACAAUGGCAGCUGCUGCUGCUUCUGGACUCAGCCCUUUACAGCUCCAGAAGGGUCAUGUCUCCCACCCACAAAUUAACCCAAGGCUAAAGGGCAUAAGUGACCGUUUUGGCAGGAAUUUGGACACCUUUGAACAUGGUGGUGGCCACUCUUACAACCACAAACAGAUUGAGCAGCUCUAUGCCGCUCAGCUGGCCAGCAUGCAGGUGUCACCUGGAGCAAAGAUGCCAUCAACUCCACAGCCACCAAACACAGCAGGGACGGUCUCACCUACUGGGAUAAAAAAUGAAAAGAGAGGGACCAGCCCUGUAACUCAAGUUAAGGAUGAAACAACAGCCCAGCCGCUGAAUCUCUCAUCCAGGCCCAAGACAGCAGAGCCUGUGAAGUCCCCAACAUCUCCCACCCAGAGCCUCUUCCCAGCCAGCAAAACCAGCCCUGUCAACCUGCCAAACAAGAGCAGCAUCCCCAGCCCCAUUGGAGGAAGCCUGGGGAGAGGAUCCUCUUUAGAUAUCCUGUCCAGUCUCAACUCUCCUGCCCUGUUUGGGGACCAGGACACAGUGAUGAAAGCCAUUCAGGAGGCUCGGAAGAUGCGAGAACAGAUCCAGCGGGAGCAGCAACAGCAGCCACACGGGGUUGAUGGGAAACUGUCCUCCAUGAACAACAUGGGGCUGAGCAACUGCAGGAAUGAGAAGGAAAGAACUCGUUUUGAGAACUUGGGACCCCAGUUAACAGGGAAGUCAGGUGAAGAUGGGAAACUGGGCCCAGGCGUCAUCGAUCUUACUCGGCCUGAAGAUGCAGAGGGAAGCAAAGCAGUGAAUGGCUCUGCAGCUAAACUACAGCAGUAUUAUUGUUGGCCAACAGGAGGCGCCACUGUGGCUGAAGCACGCGUCUACAGGGAUGCCCGCGGCCGUGCCAGCAGCGAGCCUCACAUCAAGCGACCAAUGAAUGCGUUCAUGGUUUGGGCGAAGGACGAAAGGAGGAAAAUUCUUCAGGCUUUCCCUGACAUGCAUAACUCCAACAUUAGCAAAAUCUUAGGAUCUCGCUGGAAAUCCAUGUCCAACCAGGAGAAGCAACCUUACUAUGAAGAACAGGCCCGGCUAAGCAAAAUCCACCUAGAGAAGUACCCAAAUUACAAGUACAAACCCCGGCCGAAGCGCACAUGCAUCGUGGAUGGCAAGAAGCUCCGGAUUGGGGAGUACAAGCAACUGAUGCGCUCCCGGAGGCAGGAGAUGCGACAGUUCUUCACUGUGGGGCAACAGCCUCAGAUUCCCAUCACCACAGGAACAGGUGUUGUGUAUCCUGGUGCUAUUACUAUGGCAACGACCACACCAUCACCUCAGAUGACAUCUGACUGCUCUAGCACCUCUGCCAGCCCAGAGCCCAGCCUCCCUGUCAUCCAGAGCACGUAUGGUAUGAAGAUGGACGGCGCAAGCCUGGCUGGGAACGACAUGAUUAAUGGAGAGGAUGAAAUGGAAGCCUAUGACGACUACGAAGAUGAUCCCAAAUCAGACUAUAGCAGCGAAAAUGAGGCCCCAGAGCCUGUCAGUGCCAACUGAGGAGCUUUUGUUUGCUGAAUUAAAACACUCUGACAUUUCACUCCCUUUCCCCAACAACAACAACCAAGUUCUUAAAGAGCCCGCAUGCAUUUGUGGCUCCACCGUACAUCAGCAGAGUGGUCUUAAUCGCUUCGUAACGUGUGAGACAGAAAAUUACGUUUUCCUGAGUUUUCAUAAACUUGAGUUUUUGUCGUUACCGUUACUGUUGUUGUUUAUUUAGGUGAAGACGUAUUAAAUAUGAGACACCGGGACUUGGAAACUUAUCUCCGCCCAUCGCCGUCUUUCAAGUCUUACAUUUCUGUCUUACUAUUUUUCUUUGGGAUGUUGACAAAGGGUUUAAGUUACUGUUUUAGAUGGGGUUAAACAUUCUCACUCAGGUAUGCUGUGCCGGCUACAGGUUGUGAAUGUGUUUUUAUUCUGAAUUACUUUAGAAAACAACUGAGGAUUUCAUAUUGUGAAACCGGACAAGUCCACGGCGUGUGCGGCUACGUAUAGAACAUGUUCAAAAGGCCUCGGAAUUCCAUUUUUUUUUUCCAUGUGUAGAAUUCAACUUUGAAUGUGCCAAACCUUUUUCAUAACUUUUGAAUCUUAACUAUUUUGAAAGUCUUACAGGAGACACUGCAAAGUCUUAGACAAUCUUUGGCAUCUUAAAAUAAAAUAGCAAACCACAUUUUUUUUUUUCCAGAAAAUGGUGAAGUACUCAGGAAUCUGGAGACAAGAUAUUGUAAGGAAUGAGCAAGGCUGCCACAGUGCAUGACCCCAAUUGUGUUUGCCUCUUGACGUGCCAUCAGUGUGUGGUGUGGGAUGACAUGCACCAGAUUGAUCACCACACCAGACACCGACACGGUGGUCUCCCCUGCCUGAGACCACCUUUCACUACAUCCAUUCUCCCCUUGCCUUUCACCCUGACAUUCAAUCUUAACACAUUGUUCUCUUAAAUAAUUUAUUCAUUCCAGAAUGUCAAGGGUCCACUUACUAUUUAUUUUAAAAAUUAUUGGUGGCAUUAAUUUAAUAAUUUUUCUUUUUGCCCUCCUUGCCCUUUCACCUACUUUUCCUGCUGGAUACAAAAGAUGUACAUAGCAAUCUCAUGUCCCCAGAGCCCUGGAAACAUUUCUGAAGUGAUUCUAGUAAAUAUUGUUGUUCUUAAAUAUGAGUGCAUAUCUGGCUGCAGGCUUGUGCAUCUGGGUCAAGGAGUCUUACAUGGAAACAUGUAUGCCCCUGUGAGUCACUGUGACCUCAGUUUCUCCCUCACUCCGUUCUCAGCGAACAGCAGGACCUGAGUUCCAUUCAGCAGUGAAGGUCAGCAGUGGUCACUGCCAGCCAAGGAGCCUCUGGCAGCCACUCUGAAGCCCAAGAGCCAUGGGCCACACGAGGGGUCUACAGUGGAGCUGGCAUGCUGUCCCCUUUACUGAGCAACCUGGUUCCGGCUCCAUCCAUGGAGAUCUUUGCAAAAUUUCCAGGAUGUUAGAAGCCUCAACACAAAGACAAGGCUAAAAGGAAACCACAGGGAGGGGAAGUAUGAGGGUGCUGCUAGCUAGUAGACAGAUGGCUUCUGGGGCAGCCCACCAGCUCCUCUGGCGACUUCAUUUCUCAGUGGCUGCUUGUAAGUAGGGUGAUAUGCUCUUGUCUCUCAAGGGGAGCUCUGGAGACAUGCCACAGGGCUGCAUGUAUUGAGGCUUCCUCUGCCAUCUCCUAACUAUAGGCAGUUCUACUAUGUUGUAACUUUAACCUUCCUGAACCCAGGCCUGGUUGCUUACAGGGAGCCUUACCCAGAGCCCCUCAGUGGGAGCAAGUCAGUGAACAGGACAGCCCAGAAUCUGAGCAUCAGGGCAAAGAAGAGCUCCAUCAAAUUUUUUGAGCCAUUUUGUCACUUGAGAGAAAGUAGUAAAACUUCAUAUUUAUUUCAGGAGUGCUCCAGGCCAUACCUAAUGGCAAUAACUAGGUCUAGCCAAGAGAUGACCGGCUGUGUCAUUAGCUGUGAGCGCUCUCCAGAAGCUGUUUAAGGUACUGAUAGGAAUAUUUGUUAUUAAUAUUGAUUUGGGGAUUGGAACUUUGUUCUUGUACAUUGAUUUCAUAUGAGGGGGAGGUCACUUUUCAAAAACAAAAUGAGUAUUUAUUAUGUCUUACUGAUUGCUUGGACUCUCUGUCUCCUCCUCCACUCCUCCUCAUGUUUCUCCCUCCUCUUUGGCUUCUGCUCUCACUGGUAUGUUCGUUUUCGUUUUGUUUUGCUUUUUUAAAUUGUGCUGCAUAGGUAGAACGUUAUAUGGCUAGUGUUGUAUUGUAUGUAAAUUAAUUUUGCACAAAGGCAAACAUUUAGCAUAGUAGUUAAUUUUGUUUGUUUUUAUGACCAUGCCAAAAUAAUAUUCUGGGCUGGUGGAGAACAAAGGACUGUUCUUUAAGAUUGAAACUUGAUUUGCUUGUAGUAAAAAAAAAAAAAAGAAAGAAAGAAAGAAAUAAGAAAGAAAAACAAACAAACAAAAAAACCACACACACUCACAGAUGCUGGUUUCGUAAGUGUUACAAGCACUGGAUAUAAAUGGUAUUUUUAUCACUGACUAAUGUGAAACUGGUAUGGAAACUACAUGAACAAAAGUCAUCUGUUUCGACUCGUGUGGGCUUGCCUCACAGUUGCCGGAUCUGAGUCAUUUUUAUGUCUUGUUAUUUCAUUUAUUUAUGCAAAAUGCACGUGUAUAGGAACUUCUUGUCAGCUCCAGCUCUGCCUCGGCACUGGGUCCAGGAACUUCUAGCCAUGUUCUCAAACACAAAGGCUGUCUGGGAAUGAUCGGUGUGAAUGCCUCUCAUUGGUUCCAGGCAGUGAUGCUGUAUUCUAAUCUAAAUUUUGUGCAUACACAGUUUAUUCUAUUUAUUAGCCACAUUUGGCUCUAAAUAUCCAUGGGAAUGGAGAAUGACAAUCACAGAGAUCACUUACAUCAGUGGGGCUUAAACAAAGUUUUUAUGACUUCACCAUCUCAUUUUUAGAGUUUUCUAAUUGUGUAAAUAUAACAUAGAAAUAGAAUUUAUUUUUGGUUCAUGAAUUCCUAGUGACAUAUAAGUUAUGUGUCUUCUUUCUGUUCUCUAUCCAUAUGUGUUGCUCCACACUAAAAGCUGACCAGUCACAUUUAGUGUGGACAGAGAGCUAUCAGCUCCAGUGAGGCAGUGUUCAUCCUCAGCCAAGACAGCAGGACUCCUACCUGUUCUCAUGUGGUCCAGAACCCACUGGUCCCCCAGCUCAGACUCCCCCCUCUUUCCUUAUAGAAAGCUGAGGAGUUGCACACACUCAGUUUCCAGCAGAGCGAGGAGAAAGUCAGUUUGCUUGUGAAUCCAGAUCCAUCUCCCCAGAUAGUUCUGUGGCCCUGUAAUGGCAAGAAGCGCGAGUUUCAUUUUAGAGGUAAAGAUCUGCCAACAAGAUUAGUUAACCUCACAGUACAGUCAAGGGGGUUCUGAAGUCACCUUCCUGCAACAUUCCCUCUUUUACACUAGCUUUAAAUCAAAACCCAAGUUUGUCUCCAUGAGAGAACUCAUAGGAUCAGGCUUUUCUUUGUCAACUGGAAAUAGUGCUAUUGUUAGACAGUCCUCUUAUUAGUGAAUGGGCCCUAUGGAAUAGGAGAGAAGGAAGAGAGGAAGGACUAAGGGGACAGAGAGAGAGAAGGUCCUUCCAUGGACAUGUGAAGCCUGGUUGGCAAUUUCUCUUCCUCACUGGCAAAUUCCAGGCCAUGUUGUUGUUUUCACAAACACUCUCUCAGCCUUUCGGGUUUGCCUCAUUUGGUAUUUGAUACCUUCUAGCCUGUCCUGGGCCUGAAUUCCUUCGCCAAGGCCUGACACAGACUCCCAGGCCAUGUUCUAAAUUCAGGUGUGGGCUCACAGAGCUAUUCUGCUCGUCAAAUGCUGGCCUCCUCUGGCCAGUAGCUCUAUGGGAGCCAGCAGUGCUAAAGAAGGGGCUGAUCCCUCUAGAGCUGAAACCAGGCUUCAGUAAAGCCAGGCUGUAUCUCUAGUAUACAACCUCCCGAGCCUGGAGCUCAGCAAUUAGGGAUGAGCACCUUCCUCAGCUGAAACAUGGCCUGGCCACACUGAUGCCACCCAGGAGGUUGCUGUUCUCUCGUCAUUCAUUUUCAGUAAAUUGACUUUACCAAUUCCUUAGGGAAAGGAAACGAGAAUUCCUUCAUCGUUUUGAGCCAUAGAAGUUCUGUACCAAGUGCCAACAACUGCAAAGAGACGUGUCUAGAGGAACAGACUGACAUGAUGGCAGGGUCUGCCUCUUACCUAAGAAAGCCUUACCUGCUGUCCACAUUUCCUCCAAGGACUGGGCUGGCUCUUGGCUCAUUCUGAAAGUAGAAUGACAGUGGUGACCUUACUGGUCUCACUUGCACUGCAUUUUUUUAGGUCCUCUACCCCUGACACGGCUUCUUUGUAAGCAGCUAUUCCUCCUGCCAAUCACAUUGCUUCUGAUGCCACAUGCUCUUGAUCAGGGCUAUGCACAUCAAAAAUAGAUUGAAAAUCAUGAUAUGUAAGCAAAGUUCUUUUUUGUCCCCAUCCCAUCAUUUCCAAACACUUAUAACCUGGCACUGGGGAUGCCCGAGGGCAGAGAUGGAGUGACUGGGGAAGGGCUGAAAAAGUAAGGCUUCCUGCCUGCAGAUUCCCUUCUAUUGGCAAAGGAGUUGGAGGCAGGCGGUAGGGGAUGUUUCUUGCUGGUGUCUUAGUUCCAUGGAAGUGCAGGCAUAGAGCAGGGCUUCAGUGUGGGCACCCUUGGAGUCUGAGGAAUGUGCAAAUGCUACAGUCAUUGCUGCACAUGGCAGGUCUGCUGGUGAGUACCCUCCAUUGUCUUCCUUCCUUCGCCAUAUGUGUGCUUGCUCGCUCGCUUGCUCGCUCACUCACUUGCUAGCUAGCUCUCUAAUGCGAUCUUCAUUGUGUCCUCCAGCUUGUAGACAUCAGGAUGUUUAGGGCUUGUUCUGGCUCAUUCUUGUAUUUGCCACGUACAAUUUUGAAUUACCCUAUACAAGCCUCUAAGCUGUUACUGCAUAACUUAUCUUUCUGUAACUCUUUUCUUUGCCUACAUUGUAAUUUGUUUGUGAUGUAUAUUGUGAGAUUGUAUUCUAUGUUAAUUUAAUCAGCACAACUCACUGACAUGCUGGACUGACAUGCUGGCUGCUGUUUUGAAGUGUAAAGCUUGUGUAGGGCUGUCCGGACAACUCCAACUCUGUUGUCAAGGUACUGUGCAUUGGUUCCCAUAGCAACACUGUGGGUGUGACCCUUUAGACUCUAGGGAUAUUCAGCACACCCUCCAGCAAAUUUUAAGUGCAGAUUUUCUUUAUUGAAAUUCUAUGAAUACCACAGGUACCUACUUGGCCCAUGGCUGGUAACUAUUUUGGGCAAUUAGAAAAACAAACAAGCAUUAAAAAACUAGUGUCUAUUGCUGCUUUGAAUAUGUUUGAAAGUCUGAAAAUGUAAAUAGUUUAUCAAAAAAAAAUCUUGUACAGUCCAGUGUAAAGUUUUUAAAUGACCUGAAGGGUUACCAUCACAGCUUUCGAACACUCUCCUCUGGAUAGUGAAAAAAAGAAGUUGGCUAAGGACUUAAAGAGAGGGGAAAUCGGAAUGGAAAGGAGCGGCUCACUGCCCUUAGCUUUGUCGCAUACACAGACCUCUUGGAUCUUGCUGGACAGUAUUGGCAUGAGACAACCUCAGCAUGGAACACCCUCCAGUGGAACUUCUCCAGGGCUUCCCUGCUCUGCCUCACCGUUAAGGGAAAAGAUGAGAGAGAAAGGCGUGCCGUCUUUGUCCAUCCUGGAAUAUGUUGGCACCUGAGCUACUUUUCCCCCUCUUUGCACAAGGUGCUUUCCUGAUAUGUGUUAGACAUGCCAUCCUUGGGUGAUAAUGUAUAUGCCACGAUGGGGCUCAGGCCCGCGGGGGAGUGUCGAUAGGAACUGCCUAUUUAUGCUCAUUUACCUCAAGACUGUCCUCUACCCUGAACUAGCUGUCAUCACUCCAUCUUUUGUACUGCUGUUGACACUUACCAAUUAAAGAUAAAUUUUGUUUUAUGA